AUGGACCCCCCAGCGGCUAAGAAGCGGCGCCUCGCACCGAAGGAACCUCCGCAACCACCACAACCGCCGGCCUUCCCUCAUGAGCCCGCACCACCGGUGCAGCAUUACCAGGUUCAGGAGGUGCAGGUGGCCCCAGUCCCACCGCCUCCGGAGAGACAUGAGUUCGAGUUGUUCGCGAGGCAUCUGCAGGAUGCCGCCAUGCUGAUCUACCGACAAUCGCAAAAGUCCCCGUACUCGAACGUUUCGGUCUUGAUCCUGCGAUGGGAGGACGACGGCCCACCCGACCCCGAGCUUGCGGCGCUCGAGCAGGUCCUGGACGAAAGGUACAAUUACCGCAUUGAGAGAUGGAAUAUACCGACAAAGACAAAUCCAAGCCUCAAGCUGGGCGUCCGCAUGUCUACCUUUCUGGAGAGACAAGGCCCGGAUCAUCUGCUGAUUGUAUAUUAUGCGGGGCACUCCUAUGUUGGUGUCGACAACCAGCUCUUCUGGGCAAGCGAUGCGACAGAGAUUGCUGCCAAGUUGAGGUGGAGUGGUUUCCGCUGCCUGUUCGAGGAAUCGUCGUCUGAUAUGCUGCUGCUCUUGGCUGGCUAUGCAAGCAGAGACCCGCCCAUCUCCGGUAAUAACGGCAGUGUGAAGCAAAUGAUAUCUGCAAGUGGUACCGAACAGGGCAUACAAGAUAUCCCUGGGCGCUCUUUUACGGCUUUAGUCACAGAUGCCUUUCUGAGGUUAAGCGUAGGGCGGCCUUUCACAGCUGAACACCUGUGGCAAGAAGUUGCCUACCAUCGCCAGCAAGAGCUACUGCAGAACACUGGACUCACCAAUGGGGCUUCUAAAAGUAUAUCGCUGGCCGACAAGCUUCCGAUACUACAAACUCUCAACCCUGGCAAAGGUCAGAAUUUGACUUUGGCCCCCUUGGCACACCGCCCGGAGCCUCAGGCACAGGUGGACGGCGAGGCGCAGUCGACUGGCAGCUCCCAGCAAGAUAGUGUUAUACAUCCACAUUCAGUGGCUGGUCUUACAUUUGACGAACCAAGGGUCCUUGUCUGCACAACCUUUGUUGGCGAGGCAAGCCCGGACAUGUCAUCUUUCAACCAGUGGCUUCACAACACCCCCGGAAUAGCCACAAAAAUCGUAGUCGAGGGCAUGUUCCUCGGCCCCCCCACCAUGCUUCUGAUAUCAAUGCCAGUACCCCUGUGGAAUGUCGUGCAGCACGAUAAAGUCUGCUGUUUCCUGGGCUACAUCACCUCCAAGAACCUGACGCAUCUCUACAAACGUUUGGUCGGAUCUGCCUCCCCUACCACAGCAUCGGCCAAGGACAUGGAAGCUGGACGCAUGCUUCUAGAGGCACGUGAAGUUGCUUCCACAACUCCUGUUAUCCACCGACGUGAGUACAAUCCGGGCGAUGCAAAUCACCUCCAGAGACUGCCGGAAACACCAAGUCGUCCUGAUGGGUUGGUCCGCGGGGACCCCAUGAGCCUCAGUCAGCCUUCGGUAUCAGGUCCGCAUGCCUUUUCAGGUACCACACCUAUCAUAACAGUGGCGAAGCAAGAUGAUGUGGAAGACUCGGCCGAGAUGAAGGAGGCAGCUGAACAGCUCAAGGCUCUGAGUCACGUUCGGCACCUGAGCGAUGAUGUUGGCUCCGCCCAUGCGCAUUCAUCUCUCAUGGAACUGACGCCAGAUGCCAAACAUGACGACGUAUCUUCUCAUGAAGUCGUUGAACCGGGCUUCGACGAUACCCAACAAAACACGCCAUCUGCUCGGCCGAAACAACGCCGAUCACUGCAAAAGGUUACCCCGAAGCAAGAAACGCGCUGCAAUCUCUGCAGCCAUGCACCCUUCAAGGAUUCAUCAUCGUUACGCAAGCACAUUGCUGCCGCGCAUACGCGACCUUUUCCUUGUGCUUUCGCGUUUGCCGGCUGUACAAGCACCUUUGGCUCCAAGAACGAGUGGAAGCGGCACAUUGCAUCACAACACCUAUGCCUGACCUACUACAGGUGUUCGAGCUGUCCACAGAGCAGCGUGGAGGGUAAAGGCAAUGAAUUCAACAGAAAAGAUCUGUUCACCCAACACCUUCGGCGUAUGCAUGCUCCUUUCGCGAUCAAAAAAGCCAUCGCGAAAGGAGACAGCAAGUUGCAGUUGGAGUGGGAGACUCACGUGAAGGAUAUGCAGACGUCUUGUCUCAUCACGCGACGCCGGCCGCCUCAACGCUCAGCCUGCCCCAAGCCCGAUUGUGCCAGUGUCUUUGAGGGGCCUACAUCAUGGGACGAGUGGACUGAACAUGUUGGCAGACAUAUGGAAAAAGGCGAAGCCGCUCGGCUCGGUGUCGACCGAUUGCUAGCUAAGUGGGCUUUAGAUGAAAACAUCAUUGAACGAAAAGAGGACGGGGAAUAUCGACUCUGCAGUGGGCCUGGGUCAGGCGCAGAGAAAGAAACUCCCACGAGCAAUAGCCACAACAAUACUGGCCAUCUCUCUGACGGCAACAAUCCAGAUUCGGGUCGUGAGUCGGAGGAGAAGACCAUCGUCGCAGCUAGUACGUUAUUGGAGGACAAAAUGGACGUGGAUGGAUGA